GCUCCUUUUUGAAUCCUGGCGCAUCUCGUCGGCGAUCGUCGUUUACCCGUUUGAAAUCUCCCUCUCUGCGCACCCUAUUCACAUUUCCCGCAUAAAUCCAUGCCGAAAAAUAAGAAAACUAAAACGUGGUCUAAACAUUUGCAUUUUUUUUCUGUGUUAUAAGCCAGUAAAAGCGGAAAUUCUAGUGCAAAACGAACUCAAAUUACACAUAAAUUUCAAUUCGAAGAGUCGUGAGCAGUGAAGGCCGGGCCUCAGGAUUUAUCGCCCGACGAUAAUAAUUAAGGCGGCCAGCCGAACGCAGAUACACUUCCCCCACGAAUAGAGCAAACCGCCCAAACCGCAGAGCAGAUACUAAACGUUGGAGCAGAAACGCAGCAGAAACAGAAACAGAACGAGAUACAGAUACAGAUCCACAUCCAGAUCCAGAUACAGAUACAAGAAGAGCAACCAGUAUGAAUGCCGCACAGAGCGGCGGCCACACGGGUGGCGGUGGCUCCAUGGGCAAGAAGGGCUCCCAAAUGGAGGAACUGGUGGCCAUUUCUCCGGAGCGCCGCAACUGGCGCGGCAUCUUCAUCGCCCUGCUGGUCAUCGCCGCCGUCUUCAGCCUGAUCAUAUUCUCGAUCUUCCUGCUGUCGCCGGAGGAUGAGGGUCUGCGGAUCCGCGGGCGCCGGAUGCUGCCCAGCGACAUCCUGGGCAGGAGCCUCCAGUGGAAGCCCUUCAACGGCACCUGGAGCAAUGGUCGUGAGCUCAUUUAUCGCGACCCAACGGGCGGCCUUUCCAUUCUCAAUAUGGCCGAUCUUACCACACGCAUUCUUAUGACCAAUUCAACAUUCCGCCAACUGAAUGCGGAAUCAUUUCUGGUCGCACCUGACCAGAAAUACGUACUACUGCAGUCGGACUCGAAUACCGAGGGCUCCAGACAUCACGUUUACGAGGUGCAGACGGCCAACACAUUCCCGCUGGGUCCCACGGAGAACAUAGCGGAGGCGCCACGCCUCCAGCACGUGGUGUGGGCGCCAGCGAAUCCGCCGCCACCGCUUGGAGCACCACCACCCAGUGGUGCCAGUGGAGUCAGUGGUGCGAGUAGUGGCAGUGGUGCUAGCGGCGCCAGCACCACCACAAUGGCCCCUCUGCCCAGUGGCAGCAUAAUCCUGAACAGCCUGGCUGGCGCUGCCAAUGGACCAGCAUCCGCCGGAGCUGCCGGCUCCGCCGCCCCAAAUCCGAAUGGCAAGGCCGGCGGUUACACUUUGAACCAGGCCAUCGCCUUUGUGCACCACAACGACAUCUACUACAAGCCCAAGGUGCAGGGCGAACUGGUGUGCCGGAUAACGCAGACGGGAUCGGGUUCGCUGGAGGGCGACUCCACUGGGGUGGUGUUCAAUGGAGUGCCCGAUUGGAUGUACGAGAAUGUGCCGGAGCUGGAGAGCCGCCGGAGCAGCAUGGAGUUUUCGCCGGACGGACUCUUCCUGGCCUUCCUCAGCUACAAUGACAGCGAGGUCGCCGAGUACAAAUACACCUGGAUGGGCGAUGACAUCAAGUACCCGGCGGUGAUGAGCCAACGCUACCCCAAGACGGGUGCCCGCAACCCGAAUGUCACGGUCAACGUGGUCAAUCUCUCGGUGAUCAAGUACAUCUUUCCCACGCAGAUCAAGCUGCCGAGCGAGCUCUCCAACGGCAGCUACGUGGGCGGCUUGACCUGGGCCUCAUCCACCGACCUGUCGGUGACGGUGACCAACCGCGAGCAGACCAAGGCCACCACGGUGCUGUGCAGAGCUCCGCACUUCCACUGCCAGGCGGUGCACACGGAGGUGACCAUCAACGAUGGCUGGGUUCUGCCAUCGGAACGGCCCAUCUUCUCGGUGCGCAACCAGGGGCACAGUCGACUGGGCAAGAUGGUGCAGAAUGCGGAGGAGAUCCUGGCGGAAAGUCAGAAUGUGAAUGUGACGGAUGGCCAAACGCACACCACCCAUGAGAUCAGCAAUGGUGGCUAUCUGCUGAAGCGGCUGCCUGUGCGGGAUGGCGAGCACGGUCACUAUCGCCACGUGGUCUUCAUAUCCUCGCUGGACCGACGACCCGUGCCCCUGACCAUGGGUCGCUUCGAGGUCACCGAGAUCGUCGGCUGGGAUGAGCCGCAUGAGAUCGUCUACUUCAUGGCUGCGCCGGAGAAGCGGCCCGGCGAACGGCAUCUGUACAAGAUUAACCUCAAGCUCAAUGUCACCGAAUCGAAUCGCACGUACAUCACCUCCACAUCGCCCACCUGUCUCACCUGCGACAACACGGAGUCCACGUACCGGCUGCACCGGGUCAGGAUCUCGCAGCGGGGCGAUCGCUGGGAGGAUAUAGUGGCUCGCCUGGAGCCAGACGAUUGCCUCUACGAUAUACCCAAGAAUUGCCUGUUCAAUCGGGUGCAGUUCAGCCAGGACUACAGCUACUACGUGCAGGAGUGCCUGGGUCCGGAGGCACCCAGUGUUUACCUGGUGGAGACGGCCAGCAAUGACAAGAUCUAUGUGCUGAAUGCCGGCGAUGUGCUGCGCCACCGGCUCUCCCAACUCGCCAUUCCGCAAUCACGCACCUUCAGCGUGGAGAUCCGGCACGGAUUCCACGCCCAGGUGCGCCUCUUCCUGCCACCCGGCAUGCGAGAGGAGGAGGAAGUUGCCUUUCCACUGGUGCUCCACGUCGAUGCCUCGCCGGGAUCACAGUUGGUAACAGAGCGCUUCCACGUGGACUGGAACUGGUACUUGGCCAGCCAGAGGAGUUUCAUAGUGGCCCAGAUCGACGGGCGUGGCAGUGGCUUCCAGGGCGAGUUGCUCCGCACCCAGGUACACGGAAAACUGGGCACCGUCGAGGUGGAGGAUCAACUGGGAGUCCUCACUUACCUGCGGGACAACCUGAAGUUCAUCGAUCCGCUGAGGAUCUGCGCCUUUGGCUGGGGCUACGGUGGCUACGCCUCCUCCAUGAUGCUCAUCGACGACUCGCAGCAGGUGCUCCAGUGCGCGGUGGCGAUCAAUCCCAUUGUCAACUUUGGAUUCCACUAUUCCUUCUUCACGGAGCGCUACAUCCCGCUGAAGGGCGACUACUUGCGUGCCCUCCAGGAGGCGGAUCUCACCAUGAAGGCGGGCAACAUCAAGGGCCGCAACCUGAUGCUGAUGCACGGCACGGCGGACACGAUGGUGCACCAGGAGCACACGCUGAUGCUGGUGCGGGCGCUCGUGGAGCAGCAGGUGAAGUUCCGGCACCAGGUGUAUCCGGACGAGGAUCACACCAUCGGCAGGUCGCUGAGCCAUGUCUACAAGACGAUGGAGUGGUACUUCGAUGAGUGCUUCGGCCCCGUCGACGACAACGAGUGGGACCCCACGGGUCUAUUCGUGUUCAAGCAAUAAUUAAG